AUGAAGAUGAGGGAUGUUGUAAUACAACUGAAUCUCUGGCAGAAAUUGAAGGAUCUGGUCAGGGUAAAAGUGAGAGACAUAUACCUUCAUAUUAGUGAUUUUGGGCCUGAUGUACAAUGGAGAAAAAUACUGUUUGAUAACAAGGCUAGACCACGAGCGAAAUUUGUGACAUGGAUGACAUGCCAUGGAAAUCUUGCAACAAAAGAGAGAUUGAAACGGUUUGGUAUGCUGCAAACUGAUCACUGUGGUUUCUGCAGGGCUCAAGAAACCAUUGAACAUCUGUUUUUUGAAUGCAGAGUGAUGAAACAAAUCUGGAGCCAAAUUUUGGAUUGGUUACAAGUGAAGCAUAACCCAAGGGGCUGGAUUAUGGAACUGGCAUGGAUGCUGCAGCAGACUAAGAAAAAGAGCUGGAAAACUAAAGUCCUUAAAAUGGCUUUUAGUGAAACUAUCUAUGCUUGCUGGAGGCUGAGAAACGAUACCGUGUUUGGUAAUACUGUACAAAUUGAUACCAUAGGACCAAGCAUUAUAGAUACCUUGAUAUAUAGGGCUUGGAUGUGUUAG